AUGUUCGCAGACAAGCUGUGCCAGCUUUGUAAAACAAAUGAAGCAGAACUUGUGUGUUUCUGUAAAAAAGUUGUACUGUGCAGUUCUUGCAUAGGAAGACAUCUCAUCUCUGACCCUUCCAGUAUGCAUAAACCUGUUCCUUUAAGCCAGAGUCAGUUGACAACAGUUCUAGCAGUCAAUUAUGAGAAGGUCCAGGCUGAGGAAUCACAAAUUAUAGCAAACCUAUCCCAAAAGCACAAUAUUUAUGUCGCAAUUCAAGAAAAGUUUGAAAAAGAAUUAAAAAUAAUUGAUGAUUUCCAAAAUCUCUCGAUCCAAUUUAUCACAGAGUUCAUAAAAAUAAUUGAAACAGACUUAUUAGCUGCUUCUGAAGAAAUCACUAAGAGAAUCAUCAAUCAAUGCGGCCUAGUCAAAUCCAAAAUGCAAGUCGAGCUCGACGAAAUUAAAAAGGCGAACUUCAAUUUUGACGAAGUUACUCGAUAUUUUUCUGAAUUCUCCACAAUAGAGCAGGUGGAAGCUUUUGAGCUCAUCACAAAACAAAUUGAUUUCACUGACUUAAACUUAAAACCUUUAAUAGAAAAGAAUUUCCUUUUCGAUAUAAAGUUUAACCCAAUCGGUGAGAAAACUCCAGAAUCUCCUUUGCUUCCUAAGCCAAAUAAAAAGUAUCAUAUAUCGCUUUCUAUCAGCGAAAAUGAUAUAGAUAACCCUGCCCUCUCUGCUCAGCAGACUCCUGUGUCGAAAAUAGGAAAAUUUAACUUAGGAGGCUCAAAGACACCAAUGGCGAAGACUGACAAAACUCCACGGUUCCCUGUUAAGAAGCAGGUUAAUAAUGUAAAAACAGUGACCACUUCCCCUAAUUUUGACAGCCCAGAAGAGUUAGAUUAUGGAUCUUAUACAGAAAGAUCGUCAACCAACACAAGCUUAAAUGCCUCGUUUAGCGAUUUUUCAAGCCAUAGAUCCCGCGUUACAGCACAGCGACUAAAAGUGUCAAGAAACGAAUUCAAAACAGUGGCAGCUACAAAAAUUAAAUUACCUGCUUUAUUAUAUUGUUUAGUUCCUGAAGUUCAAGCUGUAGCUACUUAUAACCCUGCAACUGAUGAAGUUGAAAAGCUGCCUAUUCCAAAGAGAGAAGCCUGUCUAGAAGGAGUAGGCUGGGUUCUGGCUUCAAAUAAUAUGCUUUAUUGUACUGGAGGAUUUCAGUCAACUGCGAAAAAAACAACAUGAAUUUAUAAUGUCACCACGUCUGAUAUCAAUUUAGGCCCUCCUAUGAAAAUUGGAAGAUACAAUCAUGCGACUUUGUGCUUAAAUGACACAAUUUAUGUGUUUGGAGGGCAAGGAAAUGGGAGCUUAAGAGAAUGCGAAAAACUUAAUUUGGCAGACAAAGUUUGGCAGAUCCUUGGAAAUUUAAAUAUCCCAAGAGUUGCUCCAGCUGCUUGUGUAUAUAAAGGAUAUAUUUAUAUAGGAGGAGGACAAGGCACAGACUCAAUUGAAAAGUACUUUGCUUCUAAUAACACAUUUACUAUGCUAAAAAUUAGACUGCCAACGGUGGGAAGAUGCUUAAUUGCUUCAACUCAUGACCAAAUUAUUAUCUUCCAAAAUAGGCAGGUAACGUUUAUUGACCCUGUCAAAGGAGCUGUCAAAGAUACUGUUGAAAUUCCUGAGGAUGACUGGUGAAAUCCUGGUAAUACUUUGGUCCUUGGGAGAAAUGUUUAUUUUUCCAAAAAUUAUGUUGCAUUUAGGUUCGAUUUGGACGAAAAAGUGUUAUAUCCUUUAGCAGAAUUACAUAGAAAAAUAAAUUAA